UACGUGUAAAAAUUAAUGAAAUUGGAAAUAGAGGACGUCUUGUACAAUAGGGAUAGUACGUGUCUAAUGAUCACCUAGACAUUUUUGCGUAGAUGAAUUUAUUUUUGUUUGUUCAUUAUAUCCACUGACAUAUGAUAUAAUACUACUUAACAAAUUAAAUGUUGGUUUUUACUCCUUUUAAUAUAUGAGAGAAGAAACUAAGCAAAACCCUAAUUCAGGAGAAACAGAUAGCGCACCUGAGAAAAAAAGGUAAAGAGAUGGCGCAUCUGAAAAACCUUCCAUGGGAGUUGAUUGAAGAGAUACUCUCUCGUGUCCCACCUAAAUCUCUCGUUCGCUUCAGAACCGUAUCGAAACAAUGGAACGCUCUUUUCGACGACAAGACGUUCAUCAACAACCACAAGAUGACGUUUCGUUUUAUCUUAGCAACCAAAUCCAAGAUUUAUUCGGUAAGCAUCGAUCCCGUGAUAGUGGUACGUGAGUUACCCUUAGGUAUUCCAGGUUUAGAAUCUUUGGAACUUAAUAACUUGGUUGAUUGCAAUGAGUUGUUGGUAUGUGUUAAGAACAAUGGUGCGGUUGUUUGGAACCCUUGGUUGGGACAGAGUAGAUGGAUCCAGCCGAGUUUAAACCAUUCUCCUAUGGUAUUCGACGGCAUUGUAUACGACAAUAAGAAGUACAAGAUGGUUGCUUUUUCUGGCUUGUGGAAAAUCUAUGACUUUUCCUCCGAUGUGUGGAUAGACCACAAGUCAAAAUCUACUAAUAGUAACACAAACGUGAUUAAUGUUCAAACUGCUGUAUGCUUGAAUGGAAAUUUGUAUUGGGUUUGUUUUCGUGAAAAGACUGAUCCCUUGUGCUACCACAUUCAUAAAUUCGGUUUCUCGAACAGCAUAUGGGUGAGAUUUUGUAACCUACCUUUUGGGAGAAACCAUGAUGGGGAUGCUCUUGUCCUUGGUGUCUUUAGAGGAGAUCGGUUUUCGUUGCUAAAGCAAUGCAUGGUGACAAAGAAGAUUGAGGUUUUUGUGACCGAGAACAAGAUUAACCAUGAGAAUGGUGAUGACGUGGUUUGGAAGAAUUUCAUGACUUUUUCAAGUCCUAACUUGCCUGAUUUAGUAGAGACGGUAAAAUUCUCUAAUCCAAGUUACUUCAUCGAAGGUAAAAGGCUUGUGGUGUGCUCUCGUGACAACACUGGUCACGCUUGGAUCUAUAUACUGGGGGAUAGUAAGUUGAUCAGUAAAACUCGUAUAGAGUGUGUGGUUGAUCCUUGGCCUUUGCACUGUACCUUUGUUCCCAGUUUGGUACCGGUUCCUGCUCCAUGCCGAAGAGAAGAACAAGCAGAAUUACAAGUUUAGUUUUAUUACAUUUUUGCUUCUUGUUUGGUAUGUUAUAGAGAAAGCUGAACUCGAUUUGAAUUUUGGUGUUUCUAUUCACUACCAUUUUCUUUGCUUAAACUAGAGAUUUUACUAUUUUUCCCUUAC